AACGCAAGCGAGACUCUCUUCCAGGCUGCGCGACACGCGUGAGCCACCACCGCGCAGAACCAUAUUUCCCGGCAGGCGCUGCGCGGCGCAGCCACUGCGCAGGCUCGAGCCACUAGCCCUCAGCCCGCCCCGCUUCCUCGGCCUGAGACCCAGUUCCGUGCUGGCGUCUCCGACGCGGAAGGGGACGGUUUCUUUUUAAAAGAGAAACGACAUCGGCGCGCGCGAGGUGGGCCCCUGUGCUCCCGCCGCUCUCCCGGCCUGCGCGCGAGGCCGAGGAGGCGCAGGCGCAGUUGCGGUGAAGGCGGGCGGGGGCGCGCAGGCCCAGGCGCACAUGGCUUCCUCACCUGCGGCGGACACGUCCCGCGAGCGGAGGGAGAAGCGGCGGCAGCUGGAUGCUCGCCGCAGCAAGUGUCGCAUACGUCUGGGCGGCCACAUGGAGCAGUGGUGCCUUCUCAAGGAACGCCUGGGCUUCUCCCUGCACUCGCAGCUGGCCAAGUUCCUGUUGGACCGGUACACUUCUUCAGGAUGCAUCCUCUGUGCAGGUCCUGAGCCUUUGCCUCCCAAGGGUCUGCAGUAUCUGGUGCUCUUAUCUCAUGCCCACAGCCGAAAAUGCAGCCUGGUGCCUGGGCUUCGGGGGCCUGGGGGUGAAGAUGGGGAUCUUGUGUGGGAGUGCUCAGCGGGCCACACCUUCUCCUGGGGACCCUCUUUGAGCCCUACACCUACAGAGGCAUCCAAGCCAGCCUCUCGUCCAUAUACUGCCCAGAGAAGUUGGUGCCCAGAGGCCAGGAGCGGGCAGGAGCCUGCAGGUUUGGAAUCGGAACAUAAUGAGAGGACUCCAGAGGCCAAAUUGCCCAGAGGAGUGGGACCCCCACCGGAGACCUUCCCACCCCCAGGAGAAGAAGAGGGUGAGGAAGAAGAGGAUGAUGAGGAUGAAGAGGAGAUGCUCAGUGAUGCCAGCUUAUGGACCUACAGCUCUUCUCCAGAUGACAGUGAGCCAGAUACCCCACAACGACCACCUUCCCCUGUCACGUACACACAUAAGGACGGGGAGACACCACUGGCCCCUGCAGCUCUCUCCACUCCUCUUGCUGUGCCUUCCUUGUCAGCAUCAUCAUUGGGUUCCAGGGCUCUUGUGCCUGUGGAAGUCAAGGUACAGCCACAGCUCAUGGGGACCCCUCAAGCAGCCCAGCAGACUAAGCCCCUGGCCAGCACUGGGAGUCAGGUCCCAUCUGCUCCAAGCCCAGCCUGGGAUGAGGACACCAAACAGAUCGGCCCCAAAAGAAUUAGGAAAGCUGCCAAAAGAGAGCUGAUGCCUUGUGACUUCCCUGGCUGUGGAAGGAUCUUCUCCAACCGGCAGUAUUUGAAUCACCACAAGAAGUACCAGCAUGUCCAUCAGAAGUCCUUCUGCUGCCCAGAGCCGGCCUGUGGGAAGUCCUUCAACUUUAAGAAGCACUUGAAGGAACACGUGAAGCUGCAUAGCGACACCCGGGACUACAUCUGUGAGUUCUGCGCUCGGUCUUUCCGUACUAGCAGCAACCUUGUCAUCCACAGGCGCAUCCACACUGGAGAGAAGCCCCUCCAGUGUGAGAUAUGCGGGUUCACCUGCCGCCAGAAGGCCUCUCUGAACUGGCACCGGCGCAAGCAUGCAGAGAUGGUGGCCGCCUUGCGCUUCCCCUGUGAGUUCUGUGGCAAGCGCUUUGAGAAACCAGACAGUGUUGCAGCCCACUGUAGCAAAAGUCACCCGGCUCUGUUCCCAGCCCCACAAGAAUCACCCAGUGGCCCUUUGGAGCCUUGUCCUAAUGUUUCUGCCCCUGAACCCCCAGGGCCCAGUGAGGAAUCCAGGCCCUCUCCAUCUCCUCAGUCUCUACCCCUGUUCCCCCAGCAAUAAGCUCUUCAGGGAGCCAGACCCAGAGACAGAAAAGCAGCAAGGAGAGAGCUCAGAGGACAAACUCCAGAUGCUUGGUCCUCUAGAACUAGGGCGACCGGAGCACAGACUGGGGGCAAAACUGGGAUCUAGGACAUCUGGACUAACUCUAGUCUUCCUAAAGUCCAGAAUAAACAGAAUUUUGAGUGGGCAUGUGUGGACAGAGCAACUGCUUUGGCAGCUGAGGUGCAGGAAUCUGGGAUCUCUUUGAAAGGAGGCUCUAUUAGAAUGUGCCAGAAUGCAACUUAGGUGUAGGCUCUGUUCCUCCUGCAGGCCCUCACCUGCUUUGACCCUGGGGGCCCAAAUUUCUUUCCAGGCUCCCUCUGGCAGCCCUUCCUGUGGAAUAGGACAUCCACCCUCACAUUCAAGUAGAGCAGGCUAUGACAGUCUAGAGAGUGCUGGGUCACCCCUGGGAGUGGAAGACACCCCUGGAGCAGAAAUAGAGGUAUACGAUCCUAGGCCAUCUUGUACUUGUCACUGAGAAAACCUAAUGUGGAAUUCUGAAGUCUAGCCUUCUAGUGCAGAAUCUAGGGUCAGUCCCACAGGCAAGAUCACUGAGUUGCCUUGGGAAGGGACAAGGAACUUGGGACUGGGAAAGAACCUGGAUUGUGAGCCAUUCCCUAAAUCUGUGAAUACAGCAGCCUUGAGUUUGAUGAAAGGGGUUCUUAGCAUCCGGAACCCAAACCACUCUUUAUUUCAGGAGCCAUAAACAAAAAGCUGUUGGCCAGUUCCAGGGGGGACUUGCCAUCCUGCACAUUCCUCCUCUGUGGGUAUUCCCCGGAGUUCCAAGCCAGACUUAGAAACAUUCUGAUGCCCUACUUGAUAGCACCUAUCUCCAUGGACAUAUGGUCUGGCCUAGGUACCAGGGCAAAUGUCCCCAGUCUGGCUGGAGAACACUGUCCUGAGAGACACCUUGAUCUGCCCUGGGGACAGGUAAGUGACCAUGUGGAGGGCCCUGGCCCUCUCCUUCACCAGUUAGGCCACCUCUGCCAGGGAUCAGGCAGCUCCCAGCAUGGACACAUCCUUCUCUUAACUGCAAAUUUCCCACCUCUACACCUUCCUUCUUGGAAGCAGAGGGGUAAAACAUUAGAUUAACAGGUGGAAUCAAGAGGCAAGACUACAGGGCCAGUGACCUGUGACAGGACAGCAAAGGGACCAGGGAAG